AUGAAAGAAACAGGCACCAAAUCCGACUCCAGCGCAAAGCUGCCUACGACGCCAGAGCUUCGCAAGACCCACUCUAGCAAAGAGCUUGCCGUCGUGAAUGUCAAGCGCAUUACUAGAGUCGGAAAGACUAAUGCACUUGAAAUUCAAACAAGGAGAAAAUACCUAACAUACCAAGUUAGAACCUUGCCUUUGUCUAACAAUGCCGCCCCCGUACCACCUAUACCGCCCACCGACAUAUUCCCCAAACUGAGCGCAGAGGCAAGAGCCCUUCAAGACAAAUUUAAUUCCUUCAUUCAGGGCACAUCUAUUGGUCAAUAUGCGGAGUCACUCUUGAGAGCUUACUUCAAGUCGAACUCAAAAUGCCAAGGACAAAUCAGCAUCUUUGUGGACCCAUUGCAAGACCUGUAUGAGCUCCAGGACGCUUAUACGACAAUUCAAGAUCAAUCUCUUGAAGUCGAAGGUUUGAGCGUGAGGCAUAAUUCACUGGUACAAGCAGGUGGUCCUAUCAACAAGGUCAUCAAGUGGGUGGAAGAUUUUUGGCAUUGCACGAUUGAUGGUCCAGGGAGCUUACUGUGUACAUACAACGUGAAGCGGCUGGCGUGGCAAAGGGAUACUAUUAGUUAA